UUCUUCUUCUUCUUCUUCUUCAUCAAUGGCGAAAGCCAGUGGACUCUCCAUUGAUUUGGAUCCUGUCACUUUCUCUCUUCACAAACCAAUUGUCCUCAAUUCUUUCCCCGAAGAUACCACUAAAGACAACACCAACAUCGUUAUCAUCAACAAAUCUGACGACCAAAUCAUGUUUCCUACUACUCCCUGUAUCAUGAACCAUCAUGUUACAGUAGCAACCAUGUCUCCUCCAUUCGCCGUUGAUCACUUCCCCGUUAAACUAAACCGUUCUUUGUUACCUUCUGAUGAUAAUAAAUGGAGGGUCGUUGCCGAAAGGGAUUUUUUCGCUGAAAACAAUCAUCGUAAACUUAUCGUCGAUGAUGCCGAUUCUGUGCAUACCUCCGAUGCCGACAUUAAAGGCUCCACCGAUCGAACUGACCUCGAGCUUAAUAUCGACAUUGGUUUGAAUCUGUUAACUACGAACACCAGUAGAGUUCCAUCCACAGUGGAAUAUAACGGGAUAUCUCCCGCCAUGGAAGAUAAAAAAGCUAGUGUUGAGGUAGCUGCUUUACAAGUUAAGUUGGAACGAAUGAAAGCUGAGAAUCAACGGUUAAGGGAGAUGUUGAUUCAGGUAACUAAGAACUACAACACGAUGAAAAUUCAUAUGGGUUCCAUGAUGCAGCACCAUGGUGGAAAAGCUGAAAAAAUUGACGAAGACCGAAUGAUUGAGGAAAAAGUAGAACAAAGGAAACGUAAAGGAAGACAAAUAGUGCCGAGACGGUUCAUGGAUCUUGGUCUAGCUGCUGCCGAUUCCGAUCAGCCGUCGUCUUCUUCAUCGGAAGGCAAGAGCCACCAUGAGGAUAGUUUGGAUGCUGUUAAUAAGGUUCUCAGGUUCAACGUUGAUCAAACUGAGGCCAUCAUGAAGAACGCUCGAGUUUCGGUUGGAGCUAGAUCAGAGUCUCCCAUGAUUACAGAUGGAUGUCAAUGGAGGAAGUACGGACAGAAAAUGGCCAAGGGAAGUCCAUGUCCUCGAGCGUAUUAUCGAUGUACAAUGGCUACUGGUUGCCCUGUCAGAAAACAGGUACAAAGAUGUGCAGAAGAUCGAACAAUGCUCAUCACCACAUAUGAAGGCAAUCACAACCACUUUUUGCCUCCGACGGCAAUGGAGAUGGCAUCUACGACAUCAUCGGCGGCACGAAUGCUGCUAUCGGGUUCAAUGUCCAGUACAGAUGGACUAAUGAACUCGAACACAACAACUCUCCUGCGUUGUUCCUCCAGCAUGGGUACUAUAUCAGCUUCACCUCCAUUCCCCACUGUUACCCUGGACCUUACACAGGCCCCAAGUCCUUCACAGUUCUCAGGCCAAGUCCAUGUCCCAUUUCCGAUCACCCCACUACCACACAACCUCAAUUCCCCGUCCACGGCGGCUGCGGCAUUGUUGCAACAGGGCAAAGAAAAUUCACUGGCCUACACCGUAAAUGCGGCCACCGCUGCCAUUGCAACGGAUACGAACUUCACGGCAGCUCUAGCCGCCGCUAUCACCACUAUCAUUGGGAGUUCUCAAUCUCAGCCCAACAAUUGA